AUGAACUCUGUCUUCAAACCGAUUCUUAGCUUUCGUUUAGUUUUCAAACCUAAAGGACAUCUGUUUUGCGGCCGAAGACUGUCGUCGAGGAUGUCGUUAUCAGCGGAUGAGGUGUCGCGAUAUAGUCGCCAAAUGCUGUGCCAAGAAGUGGGCAAAAGCGGUCAAUUGGCUCUUAAGGCCACUUCGGUUCUCAUAGUCGGCUGUGGAGGACUCGGAUGUCCGGCCAGUCUAUACCUGACAGCCGCCGGAAUCGGACGAAUCGGUUUAGUGGACAACGAUGUCGUCGAUAGGAGUAAUCUUCACCGACAAGUCCUCCACAACGAGACACGAGUCGGCAAAUUGAAGACCGAUUCGGCGGUCGAGUCAUUGAAAAGCAUUAAUUCAAACGUUAUAUUAGAGCCCAUAGAGUGUCGACUCAAUCGGACCAACGCUUCAGAUAUUAUCUCAAAGUAUGACAUAAUAAUCGACGGAACAGACAAUCCAAUGGCCAGAUAUCUAUUGAGCGACGUUUGUGUCCUCAAUAAGAAGCCAUUGGUGUCGGGAUCUGCUCUCAGAUUUGAUGGACAGUUGACUGUUUACAACUAUGACUCCAAUACUCCGUGCUAUCGAUGUCUGUUUCCAACGCCACCGCCGGCCGGAACCGUCACCAACUGUAACGAUGGCGGAGUGAUUGGUGUCAUUCCCGGUAUUAUCGGUGAUAUGCAGGCGUUGGAGACAAUUAAGAUAGCGAUCGGACGAAGGCCUUCAUAUGCGGGACAACUGUUGCUCUUCGACGGACUCAACGGUUCGUUCAAAAGCAUUAAACUUCGGGGAAAGAGCGCCGACUGUAUCAGUUGCGGCCCAAACGCAACCAUCGGUCAGGAACUCAUGGAUUACGAAGAGUUUUGUGGCGUUCAAUGCAAUCAAAGCCAAUCACUCAAAAUACUUGCGCCCGAAGAGAGGAUGAGUUGCAAAGAAUACGAAAUAAAUUAUUUGAAUGCAAAAAUUGAUCAUUUAUUGAUUGACGUGAGACCUAAACUUCAGGCAGAGAUCACUAAAUUGGAAAACGCGUUAAGCAUUCCGUUAGAAGAUCUACAAAAAGGCAAUGGAUUUGAGAUUUUAGAGGAUCUCAUCGAUAAAGAGAUGAAUAGAAAUAAAAACAAAGUAAACGUGAUAUUCAUGUGUAGAAGAGGUAACGCCUCUCAAAAGGCGGUCAAACUAUUAAAAUCUAAAAUAACAACUAAUGAUAAAAUACUAAUAAAAGACAUAACAGGAGGUCUGGAGGCGUGGGUUAAGGAAAUAGAUCCCACGUUUCCUAUGUAUUGA